AUGCCGUCGGAACAUUCCCGUUCUUCCUCGGACUCAUCAGCAACCUCAGUUCCCACAAUUAAUAUUAGACGUGCUCCUACACCUCCUGUUAAUAACAAUUCUAAUCAAUCUAAUCUAACUACCAACUCUAACAAUGAACAACUUUUAGACGCCAGUGAUGCUCGUUCAAAUGGUCAAUCAAAAGAUAGAAAUCGUGAUAAAAGCACUUCAAGAGAUAGAAGCUCCUCACGGGGAAAAAGUCCUGGUCGAAAAUCUGAUAAACGAGGUAAAAGUUUGUCUCCUGGCCGUAAAAGUCCAUCGGGAGAGAAACUUUUAAGUACUUCAAAAAAUUCGGCUUCUAAUAGAUCUAGAAGCCCAAGUCCUCGUCCAAAGAGUCCUGGUCGUAGUAAUUCAUCACGUUCAAAAAGUCCUCGUAAUAACCAUAAUAGAGUAGGAAGUGAAAAUUCAAAUAAUAGAUCUAACUCUCAGGAUGCUCGUGUAGGAUUAGGCAGUAAAAUUCUACAUCCUUGGGUUGCUCCUUCUCUCAACUCAAACGGUGAAACAAACAAUUCAAAAAGUGCCAAUAGAUUAAGUCUUCCAAAUUUUACUGAUAACGCUAGUCUAAAUAAUGCCAUACGUGAAAGUAAUGAACGAUGGGCAAAACUAAAUCUCGUUCAAGCUGAAAGCAGAGGAAUGGGUAAUUUUUCUAAACCUGCUAACAGCCUUCGAGUUGUCUCUACCACGCGUCCGAAACUUCAUGUUGAGACUUUUAGUCAUUUACUUGGAAGCAAAGCUAUGCAAAGAACUCAAUCAAGUCAACGUGUUGGAAAGAACAAUGAUUCUCCAUUAGUGGUCGCUGGUCUUCCUUUAAACCGGUCAAGAAGUCAUAAUUCUGCUAUGGAUAGUAAUAACACUUUACCUGCUUCAUUUUUAAAAGAAUUAGAAAAAAAGCAUCCUCUUCAACAUUCUUGGACAAUGUACUAUGAUAGUAAACCAGUUAUGACUCCCGGUCCUAAAACACCAACAGGAAUGUUAUCGUAUGAAGAAAAUUUACAAACUAUUGGUACUUUCGACACGGUAAUUAUGAUAUACUUUAACUGGGUAAAAAAGCCCAGUCAACUGGAAUUGAAUACGAACUUUCAUAUAUUUAAAGACAAAAUUAAACCAAUGUGGGAAGAUCCAGCUAAUGCUAAUGGUGGAAAAUGGGUAAUCUCUAUGAGAAAUCCCCCAUUGCUCGAUCGUUGUUGGACUUGGCUCGUAUGUGCGUUGGUUGGUGAAGAAUUAGAUGAAAAUGAUGAUAUUUGUGGUGCAGGCGAUCGUAUUGCCGUAUGGGUUAGAGAUAAAGAUAAUGUUGGUGUAAUUAACGGCAUUGGCCGACGUUUAUUAAAAAUUCUCGAUUUACAAAACGAAAAGGGAAUUGGGAUGGAUUUUCAGUUUAAUGAAGAUGCCUUGAAAUCUGGUACAUCAUAUAAUAAUCGUGUAUACUUAUCUCUUGAGAGUCUUAAACAAGAAUUAGAAAAUGAAGAAAGGGCUAGACUAGAAGAACUUGCUAAAUCUGCAAAAAGACAAAGCAUGACUCUUGAUGACAGUAAAACUGAUACUACUGUAACAACUCCAGAUAUUACCACAACUCCAGAUAUUAUUGCCACAACUCCAGAUAUCAUCACAACAACUCCAGAUAUUAUCACAACUCCAGAUAUUACCACAACAACUCCAGAUAUUAUCACAACUAAGCUUGUUGGUGAAACUAUAUAA